AUGGAUCAGGGGUGGCAACCAUACCAGGAUCCCCUGAUGGGUCGCCCCGCGCAGUUUACUACCGGGUUGGCGUCUCAUCCACAGCAGUUAGGCUCAAAGUACGGCCAGCCACCGCAGUCGUCACAGCCCCCCGUCGGAUACACCUACGAGACCUUCCAAACCCCCGGCACCACCUCCAAGCCUCCUUCUUCCGGUCCCAACUCCAAAACUGUCUCUAUGGCUUCAUCUCCCACUGCAACGCCACGGAGUAGGGAUUAUGUCACUGACGCUGACACCACCAUGGAGGAUGCGGACCCAUACAAUCGGGCCAAGUAUCCGUCGCGACCGAACCAUCACAGCCGCCCUUCGUCUCAAUUCCUCGGCCAAGCCGAGGAAUCGUCGGCUGCUCGCAGAUACUCCCCGAUGAACGCUCUGUCGUCGCCCAUGUCAUCGUAUCCCACCAGUCCUGGAAAGGCUCAAAGUUCGUACGGUUUUCCCCCAACGGCUCCUGGUCAGUCGCGACGAUCGCCUACCCGGGCACCCGACUAUGCCUCGCCGCCGCAAGGUUACCAGUCGCCGCCAUGUCGUGGCCCAGUCCCGAAGUUCCAAAACAUUAAAUCAGUGCAGGAGUUGCAGCCACGGGUUCACACCCAACCCGCAUAUCGGCGCGCCAACCCGGAGGGUGGAUUUAUCAGCCCACUCCAAGCAUUGACCUCUCACCUUCCGUCAACCUACCGUAUCUGCAACCCGAACUUCAACUACGAGUCCUCGAGGAACCCCCAGCGCGUGUUGACCAAGCCCAGCAAGGGAGUGAAAAAUGAUGGCUAUGAUAAUGAGGACAGUGACUACAUCCUCUAUGUCAACGAUAUUCUGGGUAGUGAAGAGGCCGGUCACAAGAACCGUUACCUCAUUCUUGAUGUCCUUGGUCAGGGUACUUUCGGUCAGGUGGUCAAAUGUCAGAACCUGAAGACCCAGGAAGUUGUUGCGGUGAAGGUCAUCAAGAACAAGACAGCCUACUUCAAUCAGAGUAUGAUGGAAGUCUCAGUGUUGGACUUGCUCAACAGCAAGUAUGACAAGAACGACGACCACCAUCUCCUGCGACUCAAAGACACCUUUAUCCACCGGCAACAUCUUUGCUUGGCAUUCGAGCUGCUCAGUGUCAACCUUUACGAACUCAUCAAGCAAAAUCAAUUCCGGGGUUUGAGCACGACACUCGUCCGUGUCUUUGCGCAGCAGUUGCUGAAUGCGUUAAGUCUUUUGAAUAAAGCUCAUUUGAUCCAUUGCGAUUUGAAGCCGGAAAACAUUCUCUUAAAAAAUCUCGAGAGCCCCAUUAUCAAGGUUAUUGACUUCGGAUCUGCAUGUGAUGAGCGCCAAACGGUCUAUACGUACAUCCAAUCACGAUUCUAUCGUUCCCGGGAAGUCCUACUUGGCUUGCCGUACUCGUCCGCAAUCGACAUGUGGUCACUUGGCUGUAUCGUCGUCGAACUCUUCUUGGGACUGCCUCUCUUCCCCGGAUCUUCCGAAUACAAUCAGGUCACCAGAAUUGUCGAAAUGUUAGGGCUUCCCCAGCAGUGGAUGCUGGACAUGGGCAAGCAAUCCGGCGAGUUCUUCGAAAAGACACAUGAUGAGUACGGCCGUAAGACACAUCGUCUCAAGAGUCUUGAGCAAUACUCGCGAGAGCACAACACGAAGGAACAGCCCAGCAAGAAGUACUUCAAUGCUUCAACACUGGAGGAGAUCAUUCGCAGUUACCCUAUGCCACGCAAGAACAUGAAGCCGGCUGAAGUUGAACGCGAACUGAACAAUCGAGUUGCCUUCAUUGACUUUGUGCGAGGCCUCUUGGCCAUCAACCCCCUCGAGCGAUGGUCGCCUCAGCAAGCGAAAUUGCAUCCAUUCAUCACCCAGCAGAAGUUCACCGGUCCUUUCAUGCCACCCGGGAACUUGAAGUACUCAGCUCCCAACAAGACUGUCGCACCCGGCGUUCAGCAACAGCAGCAGGCUGAGGCCGCUAGCAAGCAGAGGGCCGCUCAAGCAGCACAGGCACAGCAGUCGGCAUACAACAUGCAAAUGAACCAGCAGUACCAUGCACCGGCGCAGCCGCAACAAGCUCCUCCAGCCAUGUAUAAUGGAAUGUACCAGCAACAAGCUCCUCCUCCACCUUACCCGACGCAGCCACCGGGCUACGGCUACCAGAUGAACAUGGUUCCUGGGCAGGCUCAGGCUCCCCAGGGGCAUUACGCACCAUCCCAGAGUCUUCAAGCCCAAGCAACCACUCGGGCUGGUCGUCAGCGUGCAUCGACAAUGGAUCCCAAUGGUGGAGGCAUUCCGCCCACAAUCCAGCGGGUGGCCAGCCACUUGGAUCCCAAUGCCCCAAUUCGUCUGCAACCCAGCCCCGCAUACUACCCCCCACCUCCAGACGGGUAUGUUGAUCCAAACAAUGCCAACCAACGACGCCGUGGCAGCCGCACAGGCAAUAACGGCAAUCAACGAAACCGAGACUUCAUUCGUACCCUUGAAGACGGCGUGCUGAGCGAAGGCUACAUGGCUCAGAACCAAUGGCACUAG